GGAAACAGGAAAUUGCACCUCCUGCACGUAGGAAGUUUUAUGCCUACAACUAUUAUUACAAUCCCAACAAGUUUAGAGCUGCAAGGAAAAUUUCCUGCAACUUUAAACUUGAUGUAGGGACACACACCAUUAACCAUUCCGGACCCAAACUGAAAUGGGUACCAAAAUCUUCCCCCUCCUAAUGCAGGAAGCCGCUAAGUACCCAGGUGUCUGGUACUUAGACAGUGGCUGCUCAAGACACAUGACGGGUGAUGCGAGCCUUUUGAGCAAUCUAAUUCCCUAUGAUGGUCCAAGGGUUACUUUUGGAGGAAGCUACGAUUUUGGCCUUACUAAAGGGCUAGAAAAUCUGGUGUACAAGGGACUAACCAUCCAAGCUGUAUCUUAUGUUGAAGGACUCAACUAUAACCUUCUUAGUAUAAGUCAGUUUUGUGAUAAAGGUUACUCCUUGGAAUUCUGCAAGAACAUGGCAUCUCUAAAGAACAUCUCCACAAAUGAAGUCAUUCUCACUGGGAAGAGAAUCAGAAACAUCUAUGAAGUGAUAUGGAACGAUGUCAAGGAAGCAUGUCUAAUCAGCAAAGAGAAAAUGAAGAUUGUUGGCGCUAAUAUCCAUUUCCAGAAGUUGGAAGCCAAGUGCUCCUCAUCAAUGUUCUAUCAAUCCUAUCUGGAGAUGAUUGCUGCUCAAGAGCUCUCCGAAUUUCUUCAUAUGGAGAUUCGAUUCAAGUAUGAGAACGAAGUUCUUGAAUUCUAUAAAAAUGGAAAGGUCAAGAUUGUCAAAUCGAAGAAGGACCCACAAAGGACGAUUCAAGUCAUCAAUUCCACUGUUGGAGGGACAAAAGUGAAGCUUUCGCAGAAGAAAUUGGGAGAAAAGCUUCACCUUCCCAAUUCUGGAGUUGAAAUUGGGAGACUUCCAGCCAAAAAUUUGGAUUGGAGCAUUAUUGGAAUUUCUGGGCAAAAUCCCUCUAGCCCAGCGAAGAAAGCUCAUCUGAACAACGACUACAAGCUAGUCCUUGAACUGGUUAUUGCAUGCCUCGAAUGUGGAAGUGGAGGACAUGCUGAUGACAUCACCCAAGAGAGGGCCUUCAUCAUCAAUGCCCUCAUUACCAAGUCUAAGGUAAAUUGGGCUGCUCAUUUCUUCAAUUCUAUCUCAAAGCACCUGGGAAAACCCAACCAGAAAUACCUUUGUCAAGGUCUGUACAUUGGACAUAUCUUGGAGUCCUUGGGUGCUGCUUCUGAAGGAAAGAAGUAUGAAGCCAGAUAUUGGCUAUACUAUUUGUCUUCCAAAGGGGAAAACAGAGCUGGUGCUAGCACAACUGCAGAGGAAAGUUCUUCAGACAAUGUCCUUAUCAUGAGUCUGAACAAAUCAGUAAAGAGGAAGCAAGUGGUGUCUCCCUCUCCCAGUGCUGAAGUACCACAGAAUCUUGCUCCAAUCAAUCUUGAAGAAGAAGAAGAAAUCUCUGACCAAGGAAAACUACAAAGGAAAAAGAAGAGGAAGAUCACCUCUCCCUCAACAUCUGGACAUAAUUCUCCAACUUCCUCACAACCUCAAGUAGAUGAUGCUGAGAAUCAAUUCUGGCAGCUCUACUAUGACUGGAGAGCUUGGAAAGUUGGAAAUUUAGCAGAACAGUUGCUGAGUUGGGACCAGCAAUUAAAGAAUGAGAAGAUCAUCAAGAAAUGCUUAGGUCUGCGAGUCAACUAUUGCUGUGAGCAAAUCCUGGAUGUUGACUGGGUAUGGCAAAGGAACUAUGAAGAUUUGCAUCUGGAACACUUGGUCACCUCACCAAUUUCAGAGUUUGAGGUGGAUGAUGAGGAUCCUGCAGUAUACAAACCAGUCCUCUCAAAAACCACAGAAGAUCAGGUGGUUCUCACUUCUGAAGCACAAGCUAACUUGGAAACAACAUCUGAGGAUUUCCAAAUAUUUCUGGAAGCCUCAUCUGCCUUUGAAACUAUUCCACCUGAAGCUGAAGUCUCUACACCAAAACAGAACCAGGAAGGAUCAAAUGAAGAAUUCCAGCAACUUCUCCGUUCUGAAGCUUUAGAUAUUCUCACAAAUCCUUGUGAGAUCACCAAUCCUACUGAAGCAGAAAUCCCGGAGGAGUCAACAGAAAAUCUGGAGAUGUCCAAAACUCUAGAAACAAAUGAAGCUCAAGAAGAGCAAGCUGUAGAAGCCCAAAGAAGUUUUGCAGAAGCUGAGAAGGAAACUCAAAUGGCAGAACUGGAGGCCUCCAAAUAUCCAGUAGCCAUUUUUGAAGAACAGAAUGAAGCAGAAAAAAGAGACUCCCUCUCUCGGGAUAUAUCAAACUUCACACUUGGGGAAGCAGAAGAAGAAUCUGAAAGAACCCUGAAGAUCAAUGAUGAAGAAGAUGUACAAGAUGAUGCUGAAUCUCUUCCUAUGCAACUCUUCCAAAGAACUCUCUCUUCUCAUCAGGUAAACAAUUUCCAUUUCCAUAGCCCUUCCAUUCCUACUCUUCCGGAUGAGGUACCGGAAAUCUGGACAAAGAAGGUCCAAGGGCUGAUUGACUCAGCCCUAGCAUCUCAACAUGCCUCCUUUAGGCAAGAGAUAGAGCAGAUGGAAGCCAGGCAAAACAAACUGAUUGAGAAAUCCGAAGAAACACAUUGCACCAAUCUCAAGGAGAUAAGCAAAUCAGUGGAUAAGACUCUAGAGAUCUUAUCUCUAUUCAGUAACACUGUGAGCAACACGAUGGAGACAUAUGCAUCUGAUAGUUAUCUUCAACUUAAGGAGGCUAACAACAUCAAAGAGCAAGUAGCAAAUGUCACAAUCAGUCUACAAAAACAAAUGUCCAUUCUCCAAAUGGACAUCAGAGCAGCUCUGGCAGUGUCUUCAGCAAAUCAAGUAGUAACCAAAGACUACUUGAAGGCUUACGCCGACCCACACAUCAUUGAGGGGAGAACCCUAAAACAAGAUGAUAUCCCGGUUGCCGUUCUUGAACUCAUUCAAGAACAAGACCCUUCCAUUACCGCCAUUGCAUCCGGCAAAACCUUCGGAUUCAACACCCAAAACCUUUCCGAAUGGUAUCAUCUAGAGCGUCAAGGAGUCUCCACUUAUUGCAAAAAGGGGUGGAUUACCGACUCACGAGACUUUAACUCCGAUUCUUUCCUCCGAGUGUUAAAUAACAUUGCCCUUGACCAUGUCUUUGAGGACCCACACUACUUUCUUCGUAGGCCAAAUGUCCAAGACUUACCCGCAAAUAGGUUCAUCCUCUUCAAAAUCCUCAAAGAAAAUGUCAUCCCGGUCCUUAACAAAGAUAAACAAGUUGGGGUUUAUGAAUCCACUCUCCUAUAUUUGCUCCUCACUCACAAGAAAAUCAAUCUCCCUUCCAUAAUCCUUAAACACAUGCACGAAUGCUCCAAUCGCCUAAACAAACCCUUUGGCAUGCUUCUUACCCACAUCUUUGCCAAGAGAGAAAUUCUUGAGGUGCGCCCGUCCCGCGUCCGCUAUCUUGAUGCAGAGUGCCUUGGCUAUUGUGGCCUUGUAAAGAUUGGAGAGGAAUAUUAAAUGAAGAAGGAGUUUCAAAAUCUUGAUGAGGCGACACGAGCGGAGUAUGGUCCUCGGCGUUCUAUGUCAUCUUUACCUUCCACUUCACGAGCACCCCGAGCCGUAGACGAAGAAAAUGCCAACACGGAGGUCCCCGUUCGUGCUCCACGGGUCAAAUGCUCAAAGUCAGCAUCUCAUGCUUCCUCGGCCUCUCUCAUGCAUCGUCACUCUCACAUGUCUUCCACUUCCAAAAAUCCCUUUAAGAAGUUCAAGAAAUUUAUCCUCAAAUG